UACACAGCCUCAAUGACAAGGACACGUAGCAGCCUUGCGCUUAUUAUAUAUUAAAACCUUCAGCUGUAAAGAUAAAGAAAUCAACUAACAAUGGCAUCAUUUUUAUUCGGUAUCGGCCAGGCAAUUCUAUUCAGAGAUCACAAGAAAAAACUAAAAAGAUAUCACGAGGAAGCCACGAUAGAAUCCAUCCUCGACGAUCUCACAAAAAUACUCAAACCAAAAUCCAACCAGCUGGACAGUCUACAGACAAGAUUCAGCAUUGACGGUGCACAAGACACCGAGCGAUACUGGGACGAGGCAUGUUUCGCAAGAUACCUCAAAAACCAACAUGGGAUCCUCAUCCCCGAACCAGCCAUCCCGAUCCUCUGGCGAUGUCUGCAUUUCUACGCCUACCAUCCAUUCCAACAUACGGCUCCAGACAGACUCGACUAUAAAGCCUUCCAACGCGCGAUAGCACUUCUGGCCGUCCAAGGAACAGACCUCCUCGGUACGGAUGAAUACGGCGACGCUUACUGGCAUAACAACCGAGAGUAUGCGGAAAAGGCUGAUUUCAAGCGCAUAUUCCGGAGUAUUUCUGUUCCUGUUGAGGAGGUCAAGUAUGAGUCGGUGGAUGUGUUGAAUGAUGCGAUGGAUGUGCUGGCUAUGGUGCAGCCUCGUAUGAUGCCGUUUUUACCUUCACAGAGUGAGCUGGAACCUGUGGUUAGGAGGGUGCUUGGGGAUGGAAUCAGUGUGCGGUAUGACCUGCAGAGAAAGGAUCUGGUGGUGUUGGUGGAUUUGAUGUUGAAGUUGAGGUUGUAUACACCGAGAUGGGGUGAUAAUUUCCAUUACGGGACGUUUGAACGAUCAGAUUCAGGGGGUCUGGCUGAUAUACUCGUUGAUGCGCUCGGAGAUCUAUCAGAACUGUCUGAUACUGCCAUGGAGCUACUGGUAAGCUCACCACCGUAUACACAGAUCAUGCUAAUGUCCAGUCCAACCUCCACCGCCGCUUCCACCAACUCUGGGCCGUCAUCCUCCAGCCAUCCAUGGGGUCUCUAUCCAGAAUCCCACACGGUAUCUCCGGCUCCAUUCCCGCUGCAAUAUCGCUCAUUCUGCCACAAUCCCCACACGCACAUCGAAGACGACAAGAUACGCGAACGUUACUCGAAGAUCCGGUCAAACUGUCAGAUAUACGACUGGCUGUUCCUAUCAAUGCUCUGAAUGAUCAGCAGCCGCAUAUCCUUUUACUCACUGGUUUUGAUGAUGAAACACCAGUUACGGUGGGAGUCCUCUUCCCCGGACCACUUUGGUGGAGGGACUACCGAGGGAGAAAGAGGUAUACGCUUAUGGAUUCGUCGCAUGUUA